GACCGGGAGUGCGGGCCGGGGUGUCGCACAGGAGGGGUCUCAGUGGGGUUCGGAGCCCCACACCUUGCACUUGGGGUCCCUCUGCCCCUCGGCCUGUGAGAGGCCUUCCGCCCUAACAGCUCCCUCUGUGAUGUCACGGGGCCUGUGUGACCUCACGGCGGGCCACUGGCUCCACUGGUGGGAGUGGUGGGGGCCGAGGUGCCAGUUUGUUUGACCUGAAGUUGUCCGGUUGGAGUGGAACCGCGGGACCGUGCGGCCGAGCGCGCUCAGCAGGGGACGUGGUGGCCAGGUGUCCUCGCCCCGUGUCCCCUUCAGCCGUCACGAUGCGAUUUGUGCCAGACUUCAAGAAACCCCCCUCCCACCUCCUGAAGAAGUUUGCAGUGUGUGACAGUCCUCUCUACGACAUCUGUGACUACAACGUCACCAGAGACCGCUGCAGGGACCUCGGGUGCUGCUUCUACAGAGGCGUGUGCUUCGAGAGGGCGGUUCCCGUCUAUGUGCAGGUGUUUUCCGCCUUGAUCGUGAUCAUCUCCGGGGCCUUCGUCAUCACUAUCAUUUACAGAGUCGUUCAGGAGAGCAGGAGAAAAAAGGAAGUCCCCACAGAACUGCCGUCUGCCAAGCCCAGUAACCCAGAGGGGUGGGCGCCCUCCGGUGAGCAGGUGGGGUCCAGGGCCAGGAGUGCAGAGCCGCCGAACUGGAGUGAGCACCUCGAGGAAGAGGAGGAGGAGGAGGAGGAGGAGGAGGAGGAGGAGGAGGAGGAGGAGGACGCAGCGCCGGCAGUGACGGUGGACAGACUGACCAAGGACUGAGGCCCGUGGGGCGGGCAGAGCAGAGACUGACAAACACCUGCUGAAACGCUCCAGCUGCCGACCGGCUGUUGAGUGUGGAAACAGCAUUCGUGAGCACAAGAUAAAGUUAUUUUAAAUGCUC